AUGGCUAUACGGAAACAGCUGUUGCUGCUCAGUCUUGCCAGCAUCUUUAUUCCUGCUGUCUCGGAAGCGUCGGGCCUAAACCGCUGUCCCGAUUAUGUUGCUAGUCAUGACAGCCAAUCAGCGGCUUAUCUUCGCGAGGCGCCCGAUGCCAAAGGGCAAAUCCACAAUUCUGUGCCCUGCGCUGUGAUUUUGGUUGAGAAGAGCGACAUAGAUGUCGACGCUUUCUACUUCUACUUCUAUUCAUUCAAUGAGGGACCAAAUAUCACUCAAGUACUGGAGCCAAUAAAUCGCUUUAUCGCAGGUGACCAUUUGUCUUCCGGGAUACACUUUGGCAAUCAUGUUGGAGAUUGGGAACACAACAUGGUCAGGUUUCACAACGGUACCCCCGUUGGUGUAUACUACAGCCAGCAUGUUGAUGGCGUUGGUUUCAAGUGGGACAGCUCAAAGAUCAACAUUACUGAUGGCAGACCUGUCGUCUACAGUGCCGCCGGUUCUCAUGCCAACUAUCCAUCAAGAGGGCAUCAGAUUCACAAUGCAGCCUUGUUCGAUUACUGCGAUGAGGGCAAGAUAUGGGACCCUGUCCUAUCAGCCUACUUCUACCGCUUUAACCCCGAUACCUCAACCAUCACACCGAUAAUCUCUCCUCUCAAGCCAUCCGCGACGAAACCUGCUCAGAACCUGACCUCGUGGUUCGACUUUGUCGGUCACUGGGGAGAUAUCAGGUACCCAGAUUCCGAUCCACGUCAGAAAACAGUUCCGCACUUUGGCCUCAAGCGAUUCAACUCUGGGCCCAAUGGUCCACGUUUCAAGCAUCUUGUGCGCAAAGGCUUGGUUCGCGAUCAUCCGCGAAUGACGGGCUGGAAAGAAUGGGCUGUCAGUAUCUUCAUGGCAUGGUAUCCGUGCUGUAUCAGAGGCUGGAGAUUAUGGAGAUCGUUGGGUAUAAUAGCUGUUGCGUUGUCGCUAUUUGUACUUGCCCUCAUCUUUGGAAUCAGGAAGUAUAAGACUUUGAGGCAGAGGAUGGCCUACACCAAGCUUGGGGGUGAUGAUAUAGCUAUGAAUGAAUUGGGGAGGCAGGAAGAGUGUUUGGUAUCGUCGGAUUCCGAUAGCGAUGACGAGGAUGAUUAUAGACGAGAUAGAUGCGAGGCGAUGAUGAGAGGAUAG